UGCAACUCCAACCACAGCCCAUCUUCAAACAAAAAUUUCAGUUUCUCAAAAAAAAAAAAAAAUAAACCGACCAAUUGUAUUCAAAUCUCUACACAAACAACUGCAUCGAAUCGGCCUAAUCUUUUCUUGUAAUGAUCUGGCAGGUUAAGGUGAGUCUGUGAAGAGUAUUACAAUGGCAUACAAGGUGGAUCAUGAAUAUGAUUACUUGUUCAAGAUUGUGUUGAUUGGGGAUUCUGGUGUUGGUAAAUCCAACAUUCUCUCCCGGUUUACGCGCAACGAGUUCUGCUUGGAAUCCAAGUCCACCAUUGGCGUCGAAUUCGCCACCAGAACUCUCCAGGUGGAAGGAAAGACUGUAAAGGCACAGAUAUGGGACACAGCAGGUCAAGAGAGAUACAGAGCAAUCACAAGUGCUUAUUACAGGGGUGCUGUUGGGGCACUUUUGGUUUAUGACAUAACCAAGAGGCAAACAUUUGACAAUGUCCAGCGAUGGCUACGAGAACUAAGGGACCAUGCUGAUUCCAACAUUGUAAUCAUGAUGGCUGGUAACAAAUCAGAUCUGAAUCACCUGAGAGCAGUCCUAGCUGAAGAUGCUCAAGCGUUGGCCGAGAAAGAAUGUCUGUCGUUCCUGGAGACUUCAGCGUUGGAAGCGUUCAACGUUGAGAAGGCAUUCCAGACCAUUUUGUAUGACAUAUACCAUAUUAUAAGCAAGAAGGCACUGGCUGCACAAGAUCCAGCUUCAACAACUGGGCUUCCACACGGAACGACCAUAAACGUUUCUAAUUUGUCCGGUAAUGUGAACAAGAGAGCUUGUUGCUCCAACUGAUUAGGUGUGUUUCCUGUUUAAAGUCUGUAGAAGAGGAGCCUACUAGCAUGCCUGGACAUUGUUGUUCUUUGUUACUGUAAUGGCCAAGAGAGAAGCAGAGUUCCCGAUGAAUGCUAAUGGUUAUUGAGGCCUGUGUCUUUGAUUUUGCAUGCAAUUAUCGUAGGUAUCUUCUGUGCUUUGUAAAUCAAGUAACAGAAGAAAAAGAGAGAGGGCAUGGUAAGUGUUAGUAUCGAUUGUUGCUUAUUUUUCUUGACCUUAUUUUGUAACUUGGUUCUUCCAAAUUUUCAAUAAAACUUUCUGCUUAA